UUGGAAUGAUACACCUCUCCCCCUUUUUAGUGUCACACUAACCUCAAAAAUCGUCCAUUUACGUUUCAAUUUUCUUGAGUCUCUCCUCUUAAAGAUUCGGCUUCCACAUUAUCUCAAUUCAUCACUCCCUCUUUUCACUAAAUUUUGAGUUUCUUUGCAUCCCUUAGGCUAACCAGCAUUUGGGUUUCGAACUUUUCACUAAAUUGGUGAAUUACCUUGCCUUUUUAUACACCAAACACUGAAGUUGCUAAUUUUUGCAUCAGAUAGCGGAUUUUCUUCCCUACCCACAAGCAAUUGAAGUAAAAGCUUGGAUUUCUCUCAUCUGGGCAGCAUUAAAUUUUGCAUCUUGGUGAGAUUCAGUUGGUUCUGUUUUUUGAUUUACAUGAUGCACACCAAAACUGAUUCUGAUGUCACGAGCUUAGACCCAUCAUCACCAAGAUCUCCAAAACGACCCGUUUAUUAUGUGCAGAGUCCCUCAAGGGACUCUCACGAUGGCGAUAAAUGUUCAUCUAUGCAAGCCACACCAGCUUGUAAUAGCCCCAUGGAGUCACCUUCACAUCACUCCUAUGGUCACCAUUCAAGGGCGUCCUCUGCCAGCAGGGUCUCAGGUAACUACAACUCUUCUUGGGGAAGGAAAGGGAACCGGAAACGCAACGAUAAAGGGUGGCCUGAAAGCAAGGUGAUCGAGGAAGAGGGGGGUUACGACGAAUUUUACCAUGGCAGUAAGGGAUUGUCAAGGAGGGCUCAGAUCUUCGUUGCCAUUAUUGGGUUUGUCUUGAUUUUCAGUGUGUUUUGUUUGAUCAUUUGGGGUGCUAGCAGGCCUUAUAAACCUCAGCUCAGUGUCAAGAGUCUGACAGUACAUAACUUCUACUUCGGAGAAGGGUCAGACAUGACAGGAGUUCCAACCAAGAUGCUGACAGCAAAUUGUUCAAUGAGAAUAACAGUGCAUAACCCUGCAACAUUUUUUGGCAUUCAUGUCAGCUCCAAGUCGGUGAAUCUCAUGUAUUCUGAGAUUAUAGUUGCAACUGGUGAGUUGAAGAAAUAUUAUCAACAGAGAAAGAGUCACCGGACAGUGUCUGUCAACCUGCAAGGAAGCAAGGUUCCUUUAUAUGGCGCUGGUGCGAGCUUAGCUAGCUUGGUGGACAAUGGGAAAAUACCAAUAACACUUGUCUUUGAAGUGAAAUCAAAAGGGAGUGUUGUUGGGAAGUUGGUGAGUUCUAAACAUAGACAGCAUGUCUCCUGCUCAGUCACCAUUGAUUUCCACAACAAACAACCUAUCAAACUUAAAGAAAAUGCAUGUACAUAUGUCUGAGUCGUUUGGUUUUGGUCUAGCUGCAACUAGUUUCUUGUAUGCUAUUUCAAUUCAUUCAGGUGGUAUGAAAAGAGAAAA